AUGGCAGCAAGCUUUGGCGCAAACUUUAAAAGCGAGAACUUGAACGAAUCUGAAUCUAACGACCUUUUAGCCCCCCCACCAAACACACCGCCAUUCUUGACCGCACUUAUUCAUCUUUUCAAGCCGGAUCGUUUAUGCCUUUCAUGGGAUACGCCUCUCUACAAGAAAUGGUGGCCUCAGUUUACUAUUCCCAGUUUUAAAGUUAUAGUAGCUGACAGUUUGCACAAGGUCCAGAUUGGUGAACAAAUAUCACUAGUUAGGAUGAAGAUUCCAUUGCCGCUGUCUACAAGGGAGGCUAUAGUGCAUUAUUAUCUGUUUGAGUACUUUCAAGAUGAUUUAGUAGUUGUUCUUUUGAAUACGGUCUCUGAGUCAAACACCAUUGAUGGUUUCAACAAGGAUGCAAUUCCUGAAGCGAAGGAUGCCGAGAGAAUUGAUGUGGUAGGAGGCUAUGUUAUGCAAAAGGUGACAUCCAAAAGAAGUUACUUUCGGAUAAUAGCAAAUUUGGAUUUAAAGCUGGAUUUUGUACCUUCAUCCCCCAUAAAUUUCAUUUCAAGGCAGCUCAUCGGCAGUGGUUUCAGACUUUAUCAGAAGGUUGUAGACUCAUUUCAAAUGCAUUUGUUAUUAGGCAUCAACCAAUAUUUACUCUGUUUUUAG